GACAUCACAUUGCCUCCACCUCCCUCCCUGAUAGAAGAGAGAAAGAAGAAGAAGAUUCUAGAAGUCACCAGAGAGAUCACUGAGCUGCUGACAGGAGAGGUUCCUAUAAGGUGUCAGGGUGUCACUGUCUAUUUCUCCAUGGAGGAGUGGGAGUAUUUAGAAGGACACAAGGAUCUCUACAAGGACGUCAUGAUGGACAAUCAGCCGCCCCUCACAUCACCGGAUGGAUCCAGUCAUGGGAACCCACCAGAGAGAUGUCCCCGUCCUCUGUAUUCCCGGGAUUCCACACAGGAAGGUCACACCAUCCCUCACCAUCAUCAGAGUGGAAACCUGAGAGAUCCUAAAGUUGAGGUUAAAGAAGAGAUAAAAGAGGAGGAGGAUGAGGAUGGGGGGAUGGAGGAGUCAGAGCUUCUAAAAGAACACAAAGAUCUGUACCAGGACACCAUGGUGGAGUCAUCCAGCUACAGGAACCCACCAGAGAGAUGUCCCCGUCCUCUGUAUUCCCGGGAUUCCACACAGGAAGGUCACACCAUCCCUCACCAUCAUCAGAGUGGAAUCCUCGGGGAUGAUAAUAUUGAUGUUAAAGAAGAGUAUAUAAAGAGGAGGAUGAGGAGUAUGGAGUGAUGGAGGAGUUUUCAGAAGGACACAAGGAUAUGAUGGAGCCACCUAAUACCAGGAACCCCCAGAGAGAUGUCCCCGUCCUCUGUAUUCCCAGGAUUCCACACAGGAAGGUCACACCAUCCCUCACUAUUACAAGGUUGGUGGGAUGGAGAAUCUAGAACAUGGACUUGUAGAGACUAUGGG